CUGAUUAUUGGCAAAACUGUUAUUGUUUGGGUUGUGCUUUUGUCAAAUUACACGUGAUGUGGUUUUUAGGUUAUUGUACGAUUAAAAUUAACUUGUAGCCUUGUAGGCGUGUAAAACAGCAUGAUUAAAAGGUACUUUGAAGUCACAGCAGACGAUCAAAGUGAAAACAAAGCAGCAUUGUCCGUGGUCAAAACCAGAAAGACCGAUAAGGAAAAGCGUGCUGAUGGGGAAAGGGUCCGGAAAAAGAAAAAGGCCAGGCCGGAAGCGGUCGGGCGGCGGUCGACGGAGCCGAAGGUGACCCAGGAGUUGGUGAACGCAGAUGCAGGCCCGGAGUGGAAGCAGGUGCCAAGGUUCGACAAGGUGCUCCACGCAGCGGAGCUGGAGCGGUACAGUCGAGGCGCGGGGCCGGACCUCAAGGUUGUGAAGAGCAAGGUGCACACCAAGAAGCUGAGGAAGCGGGAGCGGGACAUUGAGUUUUCUGCGAAACAGACUGUACGUGCGGAGCUCCUCCUGCCGGAGGAAUCUGGUUUCUUGGAAGCUGACGAAGGUGAAGUGACAACGCAGUUCACCCAGACAGAAAUUGCAGCUUCUGUAGACAUCACCAGUGCUGCCAAACGUUUUGACCUCAACCUCCGUGAUUUUGGCCCCUACAGGAUGAACUACACGCGCAACGGGCGGUUCCUGCUGCUGGGAGGCAAGCGGGGCCACGUCGCCGCCACCGACUGGGUCACCAAGAAGCUCCUGUGCGAGAUCAACGUGAUGGAGGAAAUCUUCGAUGUGCAGUGGCUGCACCAGGAGACCAUGUUCGCGGUGGCCCAGAAGAAGUGGGUAUACAUGUACGACAACCAGGGCACGGAGCUGCACUGCUUGAAGAAGAUGGACCAGGUGCUGAGGAUGGAGUUCCUGCCGUACCACUUCCUGCUGGCCACCGCGAGUGAACUGGGCUACUUGACCUGGCUGGACAUCUCCAUAGGCAAGAUUGUGUCCCAGUUCAACUCGAGAAUGGGGAGACUCAACAUCAUGGCACAGAAUCCUUACAACGCACUUAUCUGUCUUGGACACGCCAAAGGCACCGUGACCAUGUGGAGCCCCAACGUGAAGGAGCCACUUGCGAAGCUGCUGUGCCACCCUCGCCCCAUCCAGGCCAUCGCGAUAGACAGCGAGGGGCGGUACAUGGCAACAGCGGCAAUGGACCGGGGCUUGAGGAUCUGGGACAUUCGCAAGUUCGACAGCGCUUUCGUGGACUACAAGCUGCGAUCCUCCCCUUCCUGCAUGUCGUUCAGCCAGCGGCGGAUGCUGUCGCUGGGAAUGGGAAACAUAGUUGAGGUGUAUAGGGACUGCUGCGCGAAAACAACGGAGAGAGCGUACCUAAGACAUCAGCUGCCCAAUUCAGUGGGCAACAUGCAGUUCUGCCCCUACGAGGAUGUUCUGGGUGUGGCGACGGCUGUGGGGUUCUCCAGCCUCCUCGUCCCAGGUAGUGCUGAGCCUAACUUUGAUGCUCUUGAGAGCAAUCCUUUCCAGAGCAAGUCCCAGAGGAAGGAAGCGGAGGUGAAAGCUCUUCUGGAGAAGAUUCAGUACGACAUGAUCACUCUAGACCCAGCGGCGAUCACGGAGAUUGAUGUACCUACUUUGCAAGACAAAGUUGAGGCGAAACGGAAGUUAUUGCAUGUCAAACCACCUAAAAUUGACUUCCAGCCACGAAAGAAAGGUAAAUGGAAGAAAGGCACGGCGAAAGUGGCUCAGACCAAACGAAUUUUGAAGGAUCGCAGCAAAAGAGAGUUUGUGAAGAAAAUGAAAAGCAUGCACGUUUUGGAAGAUGCGGGUGAGUCUGAACGGGCAGCCGGCCACAAGAAGAAUGCAAGUGUUCUCGACAGAUUCAGGCCUAGAACAGUCACAAAGAAGUGAUGCGCGUCAGUGGCCAGCAUGGAGUAAAAUCAAUUGUCGGUUCUGCAAUCACGCAAUCACGUCUUGUGUCUGUAAAAAUUUGAUUAUGCUUUUUUUUUUUUAAAUAAAUUUGUAAUUAUGAGAGUGGA